UCGGUAAUUGCUUAUCAUGACGAACGAAAAUAACGCGUGGUGCGAACUGGCGCAUGUAGAAGCGGCGGAUCCCCCUGUAACGAGAGACUUAUGUAAACAAUGCGAGAGGCCGAUGACAGUAUGUUGGUGUCCGGGUUUGCCGAAGCGACGCAUCAAUCCGGCGUCCAGAAUCAUAAUUUUGCAACAUCCGGCGGAGGCUAAGCGCUGUUUGCGCACAGCGCCGAUGCUUACCUUAGCAUUAGAAUCGGGAAAGUGCCUAAUCUUCAGGGGGAAAAAGUUCCCAUUGCCUAAGCACGAGGGUCUAGCAGAGAUAUUGGAAGAUGUAAACACUAUUUUAUUAUAUCCGUCUGGUGGAGCGGUUACUCUGGACACACUGAAUCCAGUAGGCAUUAACGAACAAAAGCCAUACAACUUGAUCCUGUUGGACGGAACAUGGCCGCAAGCAAAAGCUAUAUAUCAUUCAAGUCCAGCUUUAAGCUUGCUGCCAGCCUGCAAGUUGAUCGGCAUGCCCACUAGUCAGUAUGUGAUCAGAACGCAGCCAACCAAGGGUUGUCUUUCGACACUAGAGACAGGUGCAAACGCCCUCUCUAUUUUAGAAUGCGAUCCCCAAUUGAAAGACGAGCUGCUGGGUCCGUUGCAUUAUUUAUGUAGGUUUCAAUUAGAAAACGGUGCUAUGACUCAUCAAAGUAAGGAAUUUCUCAUAAAACAAAACGCUUAUCCGAAACUGAUCGGUAAGAGGCUCGCCAAACAAUUACGCAUAUUCCCGGAGUCUAAUUCUACCUCAACAUAACAUUACAACAUCCUAGCUCAAUGAAACAAGGAACAAGAGAACAUAUUUCUUAUAGGAUUCGACGAAGUUUAAAAUGUGUAAUUUUCUAACUGAUUUUAGAAAAAAAAAAAAAAUUACGGAGAAAAACACAAACGUUGACAAACAACAACGUUUGUGACAUUUUCUUCUUUUGGAAACGUCUUAUUUUAUCUCUUUGAAAUAAAAUAUCGAACACAUUCUUUUAAUCCGGUUUUCACAAAUUUUAUUGCCUAUUUUCUGAGAACACAUAAAGUUACCUUGAUAUAAUCGCGACAUCGCGAACUCGAUAAAGCGAGCUCGUCAGAUAUUGUGUGUAUAUAAAAUUAGAAUUAAAAUCUCUUUAAAAAAAAAAAAAAAAAAAA